AUGAAAAAGCAAAUUACCUUACAGAAUCAACCGUCAGAAGCAACAGUUCCUCCUCCCCCCGUUGUAAUUUGUCCGACUGAAGUCGAUAACGUGAAUAUCACGUUGGAAAAGAAUCAACAAUGUGCGUGCAAGGAUUGUGGCAAGUUGUUCAAUUCCGUUUGGUACCUUAAACAACACGCCGUGAAGCAUUCUAAUGACCGACCAUUUAGAUGCAAAUUUUGUUAUAAGACUUAUAAAUUUCGGUCAAAUCUUUACCAACACAAAUGUCCUGAUCGAACUAAAAAUGGCAAUAUGUUAUCUUAUAGGCCUUUUAGCAAACGUCUGAUGUGUCGCAUUACCGUGAAUCAAUCGCAUCUUUUUGAUCACCGACGAUCACAAAUUGAAAAUCGAGACUUUACACUUCCAACGAGAUCAGUGGAGCAGUGUAGUGAAGAGAUAGCUGUUCCCGUAGAACCAAUAAGUCCUGAAGUACUGACAAUAAAACAACAAAUGGAACUUCGAGAAAUCACAGCUCCAAAAAUAUUUCUCGAUCAAGCAGCAAUCGAUAAUUACUUAGAAAAGUACAGAAAUAAGCUUUAUCAAUGUCGGAAAUGCAAACUACAGUUUCCUUCUCGUGGUUACCUGAGUCGACAUACAGCUCAUCACAACGAAUUAGAACAAUUGUCAGUACUAUGUGAGAUGUGUCCACAACGAUUUCAAACAGACUUUGAAUUGAGAAAGCAUUCAGAAUUACACUCCAAGGAUUCUGGAAUAUUUUGUCCUAACUGCAAUGCUUCUUUUAGAUCAAUGUUAGCACUUCGAAGACAUCGAAAUCAAUGUCGAGAAUGUCUUUCCUUCAUAAGCAGUUUUGACCAUCCAGCUAGUACUGAUGAAUUUGCAUAUAUUGAUGCAGUUGAAGCAAAUAUCGACUUUGGUACAUCGAUAACAAACAGUUCAUCUGUGGAUGAAAAACCGAUCAUUUCAUGUGACGAACGCGUUGAUUGUAAUUCAGUAAGAAGUAAUACGGAUUUUUAUCAACAUUUUGCGCCAGAUCCAACAAGAUCUGAGAGUAUCAACAAUGAUAGCGAUUUUUUGAUCUGUGAGAAUGCUUCCAAUCGAACUAUGAGAGCUGUGAAGUUUAAGCUUGACUCAACACCUGUUGUCUCUGUUUUGAAUAAAAACGAUGAUUCAAACAAUGAUGAGCAAUCGUCUAGCGAAAACCGCUUAGUUUAUCCAGAAGUGAAUAGUUUGGAAGUAGGAAAUUGCUCACAGACAACACUAGAUUAUGAACAGAGUGGAAGACUUUGUCAUGGAAAUACUUUUCAUACUUUUGCCAACGGCCAUAACAUUUAUGGUAGUUGUCUAAGUUCAGACCACAUUUUUAGCAGCCAUCUCUCAGGUAUGAGUGGUAACAGUAUAAGCGGAAAUUCAACAAGUAAUAACUGCACGGAAACGAGUAGUACUGCUGGAGGAGGCAUUGCUGGCAGUGGCGAAUUAAAUUUUGCCACUUUAACUUUCGAUAGUUUUGCAUUAAAUAGUGCUGGCAGUGUAAGUUAUGAUAGUUUGGUGUUGGAAGGCAGUCGACCGCUUAUAUAUCAUUCUCGUUUACACGCAACUAAAGGUGCAGUGACUUCUCAACCAGCGGUUGAUCUCAUCAGCUGUACAACUCUAUCAAUUCGUAAUGAAAUUAGCAUAUGCGAAGCCCUUUACUCUUUACAAACGCAAUUUUUAAGGUUUUCGAAAGAAAAAAUUUGCAUGAUUUCUUUUGCAUUGCACAUUUUUGUGCAACAUAAGAUGACAAGCAUAAGUUUUGUUAUCAAAACGCUUACCAGAAACGUACGCUUGUUAUCAGUGCGUUAA